AUGACGGAGGUAUGUCAAUUUUUUGGAGAGGGAAACAAUAUGGGAAAAAGGAAAUGAGCUUUCUGUACACAUGUUUAUGAUAUGUACAAAUAUAUGUUUUUAUUGGUAAAGAUGAGGGAGGAAGAAAUACAUUCAAUUCCCAGGAAAAUUUGAGAAGAGUUUUGAUACAAUUGAGAAUUUAUUGAAUUUUUUGAAAAAAUACCAUUUGGGGCCAAUUUCCAAAAAAUCAUUGGAAAUUGGUGUUAUAAGGAAACCUCAAUUGUGAUUCGGAAAGUAUUCCAUUUCAUACAUACAUUUUUUCAAAAACUCAUAAAUUUUAUUCAAUUCCAUUGUCUGCUGAAAAAACUUCUUUAGCUAAAAAAACAGCUAAAUUUUCCAGAGAACAACCCUUCUAAAACAUCAACACAUUUUUUCAAUUAAUCUCAAAAAUUUCCCAUCUCACCCAAAAAAAAACCCAUCUGCAAAAACUUUCAGUAAACAUCAAAUGCGUCAUUCCUUCUAGUCAUUAAUUAUAGAGUACAUUCGAAAGAUCAAAAAUCAGCUUUCUUCUCAUCUUAUUUUUUUAGGAACGGGUAGAGCACAACGAUGAAGCACAACAUCUAGAAACCAACGAAGAACAUCAAAAAUUAGAUGCACCAUUGGAGAAUGACGAAAAUCCUGAUAUUUAUGAAAGUGGGUGUGAUUUUUUGUUUGAAAAAAAAUUGGGGUUUUUUUUUCAGAAUCAGAGGAGAAAUUGAGUUGUCUUCAUGGAUUUUUGAGUCUUCGUCGGCUUUUUUAUCUUGUCGGUUACACAGUUGGAACCUAUCCAUUCGCUUAUCUACUAGUUGCUGUAAGUUACAAUUUAAUAUAAUAUUUUUGAUCUUCUAUACAUCGUUAAAAAUUUAGCUAUUGAUCUCAAUCAAUUCUCUGGGAAUGUACAAAAUGGUUUUGAAAGAUCGAAUUCGAGACGGGUAUACGCCAACAAAUGCGCCAUCAAGAUACGAGACUGACGUUUUACGAGAAUAUUAUAAUAUUUCCGGUGAUCCAGCAAUGACAAUUAUGAUUUUGAUGCCAAAAAAUGGAACUAGUAUGCAUAAUAAACAAAAUCUUGACGAAGCUGAACAAUUGUCAAAGUUUGUUUCUUAGUUCUGUGUUAAAAAUAAUUCUUAUUUAUUUUUUUUUAGAUUCUUCUUUUCCAAUUUUACGGUUAUGCGAGACGGAAGAUCAAUGAAAUUUCAAGAUCUUUGUGAACCAUAUUGUUCAAUCAACAAAGUUUUCGAGUUGUAUAAGGUGAUUCAUCAAAACCGUGCCAACAAAGAAGCUAUGAAAAUUAGAGUUUAUGAGUGCUAGUCACUCAAAAUGAGUAUACUGUCUAGAAAGUUUAGUCAAACUUUCCAAACCUAACUAGAAUUUUUUGAAGAUGAUGAAUUCCGAAACUGAAAUUUUCUAUUUUUGUCGCUACUCCAGACAUUUUAUUUCAUAAAUAUUUUAUAGGAAGCAUAUGAUGAACAAUACGAAAAAUUCAUACAAGCACAGCCAUUUUCUUCGAGCACAAAUCUGUCAUAUCCAUUAGCCAAAAUGAACGGAUUUGAUAUCCAUUUGGAAAGAAGCUUUUUCGGUGUGCAGAUGAAUGAGAAUAAUACUCAAAUGAAAGCGGAUAAAAAUGUGCCGGCCCAUCAAGUUAUUACAAAUAUGAAGCAUGUUGAGGUAAUUACUGGGAUUUGUUUGUUUUUCAACGUAUAUAUAUUUGACUUAAACAAACGAACUAUUUGGUUUUGACACUACAAAUACUACAGUGUAGUUUGAGCAAAAGCAAGAACGAUCAACGAAAAAAAUGUGGUUUGAGAAAAAUUGUGAGAUGCGGGUGAAUGAAAAUAUUAAAAUUAAAAAUAUAUGAAAUAUUAAUGAAAUACAUUUUUCACUGUUUUUAGGAGUCCAAUUUUUAAAUUGUUUUUAUCUUGCAGGUUAUCGUUUUCAUCUUCCGCGGUGAUCGUCAUUCUGAAGAACGUGAGAAAGAUUUGAGUAAAUGGGAACUCGCUGCAUAUGAAUGGAGCUUAAAUGAGCAUCAAAGCGAUUAUGUAGAAGUUCAAAUUGUUGGAACUGAUGUGCUAGACAAUGAGAUGAUGAAAGAUGGCAGAAGACUUACUCCAUUUUUUGCCGCUGGUUUUGGAUUCGAAAUUACUUUUGUGACUGUUUGCGUACUUCUCACUGCAGUUUAUCAUCAAUGUUUAGAUCGUGGAAAAAUGUAACUUUUUUUUGAAGGAACAGCUAAUUUUUAUCUAUUUUUGUUUUAGCUUGAUAAGUCUUGGCGCUGUUCUCUGUCCAAUUCUUGCAAUUACUUCUACUUAUGGAAUUGUUUCAUGGCUUGGAAUGCGGACCAAUUCAUUUAUGUUGGUUAUGCCUUUUUUGGUUAUGGGAAUCGGUAUGUUUUCGAGUUCAUAAAAAAAUUAAGUUUUUUUCAAAAAAUGAAAAUUAUAGGUGUUGAUUCAUGCUUCUUGAUGAUCCAUAGUUGGCAAUCAGUAAGAUCUCAUGGUUGUUCAACUGGAGAUCGACUUGGAAUGGUAUAUGAAUUGGUGGGACCAUCAAUCACAAUCACUUCACUCACUGAUUUCCUUUCAUUUGCCAUUGGCGCACUUGCACCAACUCCGGAAACUCGAUUAUUCUGUAUUGCAUCAUUUAUUGCAUUGGCUUUGACUUAUAUACUUCAACUUGUUCUUUUUGGUCCAAUCCUUGCAAUUGCAACCAGAUAUGAACAUAAAAAGUCGUCGGCAAACACAAGUAAAUGGAGAAAUGGCUUGAAGCAUUUCUGGAAACGAACAAUUAGAACUUAUUGCAAUAUUCUUGCAAACAAAUUCUUCUUCUUGAUUGUUGUUGUUGGAACAUUGGUUUAUUGGUAUUUUGCAAUUUAUGGAUUGGCUACAAUGAAAACUCGAUUGGAUGCGGUGAAAAUUCUACCAAAGGAUUCGCCACUUCAAAGACCAAAUCUUGUCUUAACAAAUCUUGUUUGGGCCAAUUAUCAUCCGGUCACAAUCAUCGUCAAUUCUCCUGUUGAUUUAACAAACAGAGAUCAAAUGAAACGUGUUUGGGAUAUGGUACAUGAUUUUGAAACUCUUCACAACUGCAAAGGAAGUGAAUCAACACUGCUUUGGCUGAGAGAUUAUAUCAAAUUCUAUUACUAUGGAGAACCUUUCGAUCUUUUCGCCUAUAUUGGUUGGACCGAACCUGAAAAAAAUCCCGAUAUCGAUCCAUAUUUGGCGAAUAUCACCACUUCAAAGAUUCCAGAAUUUUUAGUAUCACCGUUCUAUCAACAUUGGUCAAGUUUCAUUCAUUUCCACUAUGAAAAUAAGUUUGUGCAUUUUUCUGAUAUGAAAGAUAAUAACAAAAUUAAAUUUCAGCGAGACAUUGAAAAUUGAUCGAUUUAUGAUGAAUGUGGCGUAUGAUAAUACGAGUUCUUGGGAUACUCGGAUUCAAUUGAUGACUGAAUGGAGAGAAAUUGCAAAAAAGUAGGUUGCAAUAUUUCGAUUCCAAAUUUUUAUCAAGUUCUAAAUAUAUUUUUUUCAGUUUCUCUGAUUUGAAUGUCACAGUUUGGGAGCCAAAUGGAAUGUUUGUGGAUCAAAUGUUGAGUUUGGGUAAAACCGCCACUCAAACUGGAUUAUGGACACUUGCGUGUAUGGCAGUUGUUUGUGCAAUCUUCAUACCCAAUCCUUGUAGUGUUAUCACAGCUACAGUUUCGAUUGCAUCAAUUACAACAGGUAUCAAAAUCAUAUACGAUACUUUCUAAUUGAAUAUUUCAGGUGUUAUGGGUUUCUUGUCAUUAUGGUCAUUUGAUUUGGAUCCGGUUGUAAUGGCAGCAGUUUUGAUGUCAAUUGGAUUAUCUGUAGAUUUUAUUGCUCAUGUCGCUUAUCACUUCCAAUUGGCACAUAAAAAGGAAAUGAGAAAUGGAAAGGUCAAGAAAAUUCCACUCAAAGGUGCAACUGAAAGAUUAGAACAUACUUUGGGAGCUGUUGCGUGGCCAAUGUUGCAAGCUGGAGUUUCGACAAUUUGUUGCAUUUUGCCCCUGCUUUUUAGAGCGGUUAGUUUAGACAUUAGUCAUUUGGAAGUGAAUCAUAAAGAAAAACGCCGAUGUGAAUCAGCGGUUUCCGAUUAAUGUAUAAGAAAAAUAUAACGAAUGUGUGAAGAAUGUUAUUAUACAAAUCUUAAUUCACAAGUUAAAAAAACAGUAGAUUGAGGAGAAUUAUUUUAUUUUAUGCAUUUUUUCGAGAUAUGUCCUGUUUUAAACCUUUCAACUAUUUUUUGAAACCAUUUCAAAAGAACUAAUUAGUUUUAAAAUCCCACAUUAAUUAAGUUCUAACGCAAAUUCAAUAUGAAACACAUAAUAUUAACCAACACUCAUUGAACAGAUCAUUUAUAAAAAAUCGUGAUUUUCGAAAAAAAAAUGUCAUUAAUUUUGCAGAGUUAUUCUCCAUCUGUGUUUGUCGCUGCGAUUUUCCUCGUCGUGUCACUCGGAAUGCUCCAUGGACUUUUGGUAAAUCAAAUUUCCGCAUUUUUCUCAUUAACCUUUUUUUCUAAUUUCCAGAUUCUUCCCACUUUUUUGGCAGCUCUUCCAGAAAGCGUCACAACAGCCAAUUGUUAUCGUAUUUUCCUUUCAUCAUCAUCUGAAAGAAGUUGUAGAUAUGUGGCCAGAAGUGAUAGUGUAACAAGUAUCGAAAUGCAAAAAUGUGAAACAAACAACUCAUUGCUUCACUCACAAUCCUAG